AUGGCCUCCCCAAAGCAACGAAACCCACCUCAACAACCCCCGACCUUCACAGCCACCCCAGUCUCAAUCACCCAAGACACCAAAUAUCUAAUCGAGCGUGCCCGAGAAGGCCAACACCAGAUUAAAAGGAACGUGCAGCCCAACACCGCAACAUUUAUCAACGUUAUUCUACCCCUUGCUCACAUCGACAACGCACUGGCUACCAAGUCCCAUAUCCUUGUUUUCCAUAGAGCCGUAUCGACCAACCCCGAACUGCGGAAUGCCUCCAUCGAGGCCCGGAAUCUGCUGGAUAACUACAACAUGGAGACGAUGAUGGAUGACGGUUUAUUUGCGCUGGUUGAUGCUGUCUUCCGCAAGAAUGAAGAUCUGGAUCUAGAAUCCUAUCGUCUGUUGAGGAAGUUAUAUAUGGGUUAUGUUCGGUAUGGAUUGAGAUUGUCGGCUGGUUGCCAGAGGGAUCGGUUUCGGGAGAUUCAAUCGCGGCUUAGUUGGAUUAAGGCUGAAUUUCAGAGAAAUUUGGUCGAGGCGAAUAGUGCGGGUAUCUGGUUUACGGCUGGGGAAUUAGAUGGAUUACCGGGUGAAUUUCUAUCUAAGUUAAUGGAAGGGGAAGGAGGAGAGGCCAAUAAGGAUAAGGUCCGAGUGGCGUUUAAUGAUUCAGACCUCUUUCAAACGCUUAGAUAUGCGAAGCACAGUGAGACGCGGAGACGCAUUUAUAUCGCUAACGAGAAUAAGUGUGGACAGAAUGUGUCCCUUUUCAAGGAGGCUAUACUGUUGCGUGAUGAGGCGGCUCGUCUGCUUGGGUAUCCUAGUCAUGCUGCUUUGCGGAUUGAAGAUAAGAUGGCGAAGUGUCCGGAGACUGUGAAUUCUUUUCUCAGUGAUUUACAAGCUCGAUUGAGAGAAAAUGGUAAGAGAGAAGUCGAGAAGCUAAAGCAACUUAAGGAGGCCGACCUUGAGUCCCGGGGAGAAUCAUUCGAUGGCCGAUAUUUUCUGUGGGAUCAUCAAUACUAUCAUCGAAUGAUGUUGGAGAAGCUGUACUCGGUGAACCAACGGAAAAUUGCAGAAUAUUUUCCUCUUCAAAGCACUAUUACGGGUAUGCUAAGGAUCUGCGAGACUUUAUUUGGUCUUUUUUUCAGUGAGUUUACCAGAGACGAAAGGACCAAGCUAGCUACUCCUGGAGAUGCACUUGUCUGGCAUGAAGAUGUGCAGGUCUUUAGUGUCUGGAACGCCGAUGAGGACGAUGGCUUCGUCGGGUAUUUUUAUAUGGAUCUUUUCCUUCGGGAGGGUAAAUAUGCGAAUGCAGCCAAUUUUAAUCUAAUACCUGGCUUUAUCCAAGAAAACGGCACACGCCGAUAUCCUGCCACAGCGUUGGUAUACAACUUAUCCAAGCCUAAUUCUGAAACCCCCUGUCUUCUGAAACAUGACGAAGUUGUUACCUUGUUUCACGAACUGGGCCAUGCGAUCCAUGAUCUUGUGUCGAAGACAACUUACUCGCAUUUCCACGGUACAGAGACAGAAGUGGACUUUGGCGAAGCCCCGAGCCAGAUGCUAGAGAACUGGUGCUGGACACCAUCAGUACUGCGGUCAUUAAGCAGGCACUACUCAUAUCUUUCCUCGGAGUAUUUUGACCACUGGAGAGAACGAGCAGAUAGGAAACCUCAGCCUCAAGAGCAAAUGCCUGACGCGAUGAUUGAGAGCCUCCUCCGAGCCAAACACAUAAACAGCGCACUGUUCCAUCUGCGUCAGUUACAUUUUGGUAUCUUUGAUAUGGUAGUCCACGAGCCUGAUGACCACCACGCGAUCGAGGAAUUAGACAUCUCGGCGAAAUACAAUAACCUCCUGGCUAAGAUUUUACCGAUGGACGGCCCAGAGGGUGACGACUGGGGUCAUGGUCAAACACGUUUUCAACACUUGCUGGGGGAGUAUGAUGCAGGGUACUACAGUUAUUUGUUCUCGAAGGUCUAUUCCACAGAUAUGUUCUAUACCGUGUUCAGGGCCAGCCCUAUGAACUAUCUAGAGGGCCGGAGAUACCGAUAUACUGUUCUUGAGAAGGGAGGGAGCCGGGAUGGGAUGAAUAUUUUAACUGAUUUCUUGGGGAGGGAACCUCAGACAGAUGCCUUUUACAAGGAGCUUUGUCAAGCUUGA